GUCGGCAGUUGGCUUACUACUCAGAGAAGAAAAUCCGUUGUUGUGGAGAGGAAGAAAGGCUCAAGAAAUUCGAGCAACGUUUAACGUACAAACCACGAGCGACAAACUCCCAUUUUUGCGGGUCGUUUUUUCUCCAACUUACUUUUCACAGUUUUCUUUAGCUAACAUGGCUUGCGGGGCAACAUUAAAGCGGUCGAUGGAGUUUGAGGCCCUCCUCAGUCCCCAGUCUCCCAAGCGGAGAAGGUGCAAUCCACUACCGGGGACUCCUGGCACUCCGUCCCCGCAAAGAUGCAACCUCCGUCCUCCGGUCGACAGCCCAACGCACUCGAUGUCUCCUCCGGCCAUGGGAGGCGAACACAGGCUCACUCCAGAGCAGAUCUUCCAGAACCUCCGUCAGGAGUACAGCCGGAUCCAGAGGCGGCGGCAGCUGGAAGGGGCCUUCAACCAGACUGAGGCCUGUAGCUCUAGUGAUUCCCCCAGCCCCAGUUCCUCCAUCAACGCUCCCAGCUCCCCACCAGGCGCCUCAAGGAAGGACCAGCCCUCGUUUACACUGAAGCAGGUGAGCUACCUGUGUGAGCGGCUGCUUAAAGACCACGAGGAGAAGAUCCGGGAGGAGUACGAACAGAUUCUUAACACAAAACUCGCAGAACAAUAUGAAUCUUUUGUGAAAUUCACACAAGACCAGAUAAUGCGAAGAUACGGAGCCCGGCCUGCUAGUUAUGUCUCUUGAACUCACCGUGAUGAGAUCCCAGCUUCCUCUCACUGGACGGCUGCUCUUCUACUGCCCUCCCCCGCCCCACUCCUCUCUGCCUCCCCAGUUGAUUUUCAUUUUAUUUCCCUAUCCAAUCUCCCCCUCCCCCAUCUUAAACUGUUUGGGUGCCAUUUGUUUAUCCUCAUUUUAAUCCACAUGUUGGUUUCUUACUUUAAAACUAUUACUGCUGGCCAAAAGUUCGAAGAAUAUGAAAGAUAAACUAUGUAUGAAGCCCUUUUUUGCCCCUCUUUUUUUAAAAAUUGUUCAUAUGCGCUUUCUCGAAAUCCUGACUAAAGCAGAUCUGUGUCAAAUCUUUUGCCGGCGCUGUAGAAAAAAGCUUUUUGGCUCUUGUGAUAAUUCUGUAUAAUCUUCCAGCAGCUGUAUUUAAUGGCUCCUGCUUCUCACAGUGCCCCCCCCUUUUCUUGCCCCCCCCCCCUCUCCCUCACAACUCAUUACCUGAGAAUGUGGAUUUUUCUCCCUUUUGAAAAAAAUAAAAGUUCUGUGAUUAAAA